UUACGGCAAAGUUGACAAAAACGCCGACGAAAAGAAGACUCAUGGAAUUGCAAAACAUUUCGCUGAUACAUUGGAAUAUGAGGAGAAAAAGAAGUGGUAUCAUCAAAUGCCAGAAGAACCAGGGACAUUUGUAAAAAUAUUGAAUCAAGAGCAAAUAGAGGAAAUUAGAAAGGAAGCAAACAGUGCUUUGCAUGGAGAUACAAUGGCUUAUGAAACAAAAACAAACAGAAGUGGCUCAUCAGACCACCAAUGGGCUAAGACUUUGCUGAACAAAGGCGCUAUCGGAGACAGAGUAGCUGCAGCCACAAUUUUGAUACAGGAUAAUCCAUUGACCAACUUAACGGCUCUCAGAAACCUAAUUAACAAUGUGAAACCAGCCAAGAAAAAAGAUGGAAUAGUCAUUAUUGAUGCACUGUCUGAGCUACUGGUCUCUGAGUUGCUGAUUCCGGACACGAAACUGCGUUCAUUCGAGCAGCAUGCACUUGGUCAUCUGGACGAUAUAACUUCUGGUAAUAAGCAGGCGCGGCGGAAUGUGCUCAAAUUGUGGUACUACGAAGAUCAACUUAAGGAGCUAUAUGGAACGUACGUGGAAGCCUUGAACAAGUUCGCACAUGACUCAGUGGAAGCCAACAAGGAAAAAGCUGUUAGCGCCAUGUCCUAUCUUCUUAUGCACCAUCCAGAGAGGGAAAAGAUGUUAUUAACAAACAUAAUAAACAAACUUGGCGACCCAAGCGCCGGCGUGGCUUCCAAAGUGAUUUACCACCUCUGCCAGCUUCUCUACAACCAUCCUAAUAUGAAAGCUGUUGUUCUUAGCGAGAUUGAAAAAAUGUUAUUCCGAUCGAAUAUUUCCGCCCGAGCGCAGUACUACGGUAUUUGCUUCCUGAAUCAGUUCUUCUUAGGCAAAGACGACUCCGCUAUUGCUGAGAACCUUAUACGUAUUUACUUUUCAUUCUUCAAGGCUUCAAUUAAAAAGGGCGAUAUCGAUUCAAGAUUAAUGUCAGCAAUCCUCACGGGCGUGAAACGUGCUUACCCGUUCGCAGACCGCGAGCGACUGACCGAGGCGGCCAAUCACGUGGCGUCUGUUCACCGAUUGGUCCAUCUUGCGCCAUUGAAUGUUGCCAUACACGCGCUUGCGCUACUCUUUCAGAUUAGUGGCGCUUCUGAGGGUACCUCGGACAGAUACUACACAGCCCUGUAUCGGAAAUUGAUAAAUUCGGAAAUAUUCAACACCACCCAUUCAGCCCUAUUAUUCUCGUUGAUCUACAAGUCUCUCCGAGCCGACAAGAGUCCGGAACGUGUUGCUGCUUUUGUCAAGCGGUUAUUGCAACUUUGUUGCUAUAUGCAACCGGCACAAAUAUGUGGAGUGAUGUUUCUUAUAUCUCAAGUGUUGAAGGAUUCUGCGAAGAAGGAUGCUGUUAGAUUAGUUUGGACUAAACAGGAGAUUAAAGAGGAAGUAAAGGAAGAACCUAAGCAAGAAAACGAAAAUCACUCUGAAGAGGAUGAACCGAACGAGACUGUGGAUUCUGUAGAAGUAGUAGAAAAGCAGGAAGAUAGAAGAGAACAGAAAAAGAUUGACUUGUUGCGUGGUGAUAAGAAAGAUUUACUUAUUGACGAUGAAGAGGAAACCUACAUAGAUCUAAAUAUCGAUGACGAGGGGAAUAUUAAGCCUGCAAAGCGCAAAUCUGCACCUCAAGCUGGCUCAAGCUGGUUCCAUGCAAAGGUUAAAAGUGAAGAGUCCCAGGAGCCUGAAAAAGAUCUGGAGACCAAGAUACAGCUCAAGAAGACUAUAAACAUGGAAAGGGUAAUCACCUCGUACAACCCCCUUGCCCGCAACCCUCGCUGGGCUGGAGCAUUUUGUUCAGCUUACGUGGAGCUGCUGCCGCUCGCUCAUCACUUCCACCCCACUGUUAAGCUCUUUGCUGAUAAACUUCUCAAUGAGCAAAUCAUUCAAUACAGUGGUGAUCCCCUGAAGGACUUCGCCGGUAUCCGUUUCCUCGAUCGUUUUGUAUUCAAAAACCCGAAAAAACGCACCGAGGCAUCGCAGAAUGAUGGAGACCUUAAAAAGGUCAAAGGCUCACACCCCAAAUUUGCUGUUAGAAAGAACUACGCAGCCAAAGGUCUCAAAAGUAUUCCUGUUAAUUCAGCAUCGUAUUUAAAUGAGGACGCUUCGAAAAUACCCGUCGACGAGAAAUUCCUUUACGAUUUUCUACAAAACCGCCGCAAUGCAGACGACUCUGACGAGGACAGCGACCAGGAUUCUGUGACCAGCGAAGACUUUGAGAAGUACCUCGAUACCGUAACCGGUUCCGCAGCUCAAGGCGAUUCAGACGACGAAUUAGACUACCUAGCAGACAUGGAAGCGACUAAACAAAAACGACCUAAGAAGAAAUCUGACGAUGAUAAUGAUCAGCUUGAUAGCGACGUUGAUGGUGAUGAAAUUAACGAAGCUGGGAGUGAUCAUGACGACGAGGGGGGCAGUGAUGGUGAUCUUGAUAUAUCCGCUGAUGAGGAUGAACCUCAACUUUCUGGUGAUGAAGAUGAAUUGCUUUUGCAAGACAGCGAUGACGAUGAUGAUCAAAUUGAGGUUCCUGGCAAAAAAGGAAAAGGAAAAACAAAACUUAAAUUAAAAGGAAAAGACGACCUUGGAUCUCUAUUCGCAUCGGCAGAAGAAUUUUCCACGCUUUUAGAAGAUACUGCAACAAACAAGAAGCAAGGUUCCAGCCAAGCUGUGUCUAACACAGACAAUUCCAGCACAAAGCAAUUGGCAUGGGAAGAAAAGCGAGAUAGGUGGAUAAAGGGCUUUAAUAAGAAAAUUCUAGGUAACAAAGGCAGUAAAAAAGGCAAAAAUAAAAAAUUCAUCAAGAAAACUAAUGGCAACAAAAUGGCCGAAAGAAAAGGCGGGAAACGUAAAAGUGCAAACUCAGAGGGCGCUGGUGGUAAAAAGAAAAAAUUCAAAUGAACU